AUGCACAGCACGCUGCUCCGGUCCUCCCCAACCAAACACACCUUCGUACCCGAGCAUCAUGGCCCGUUCCCGGCGCUUCCACUGAGAGACAUGGAAGCCAAGCAGCACCCGAUAAAGAGCCUCAAAAGCUACCCGGAAACAGGCGGCCGGAGCCUGGCAGCAGCAGCCGGAGGAGACGGAGGAGGCGGCGGAGGAGGAGGAGGAGGAGGAAACCGAGCCGGCUCGGCUGAAAUGGAGAUGGAGGCGAAGAUCCAGAAAGCCGUCGACUUCAAGGUGGAGGGUCACCGCUGCUACAAGGAGAAGAAAUUUCGGGAAGCGAUCGGCAAGUACCACCGGGCGCUUCUGCAACUCAAGGGGGUUCACGUCGCCGACGGGACGACGGGCUCCGAGGUCAACCUGCUGAACCAAGCCUCGGCCAAGAUGACCGAGGAGCAGCGGAGAGCCGUGGAGAUCACCGAGAUAGAGUGCUACGACAGCCUGACAGCGUGUCUGUUGCAGUCAGAGCUUGUGAACUACGAGAGGGUGAAGGAGUACUGUCUGAAGGUGCUGAGCCACCAGAGAGACCACUUCAAGGCCAUGUACCGAGCCGGCAUCGCCUUCUAUCACUUGGGCGACUACGAAUGUGCUCUACGCUACCUGCGUGAUGCCAAGAACCGCGAACCCUCAGACACCAACGUGCUGCGGUACAUCCAGCUGACGGAGAUGAAGAUGAGCAAGAAUAGUCAGCGGGAACGAGAGUGCGGCAAAGAGACGCAGGGCUAA